UUGCUUCUUGUUUGUGUCACAUUCCUGCAGUUGCUGUGAGACGUGGGGCCAGAAUCCUCUGAGAGUCUGGAUGACACUUCAGCGCGUGUCCGUUCACACAUGUCACACAAGCUGGUCCGCUGUCACAUCCAGAGAAAUGAGCUGAGCUCCUGCCGUGACGCAGCAGAGUGCGCGUCCUGCUGGGAGGGGGCCCAUGUGACCCUGGGCGUCUCGCUCGCUCCCGCCUAUGUGUGUGUGUCUGUGCGUGCCAGUAAUGUGUGCGCACAGGAUUUUCUUCUGAUGUCGUCAUCCUCAACUUUGGAGUGAGGCCAGAAGCGUCUUCUUAAACCUGGACUUUGUGUGUGAGUGUUCUUCUACUUCUGUCUUUGUGAGAACCUGCAUGAGUGUGGCAGGUCCUCACUUUGUCAAGGCUCAGUUUGAGGGUUAAAACUCCAGAACAGCUGAGUUAUUAUAACUGGGCUCCAGUCUGGUUCAGAGUCAAGGUGAAGUUUAGCCAUGUGUUUUGGAUGGUUAGGUGCAGGGGGAGAGGCUGGGGGGAGGAUGGUGGCCAGGGGAGGUCCUCACAAAGACAGAAGGGUGUGAGAUGUGUACAUACAUGUGGCUCAGAAGGUUCCAGUCAGAUUGUGAGUGCAGAGUUGGGACCUGAAAGCCGAGCUGAAGGCGGAGGUCAGCUGACCGCCAGCUGCCGGGCGUAUCCCCACAGAGAGCGCUGACGCCCGAGAUGAAGAAGGAAAUGAGCGACAAUGACUCCAUCACUCAGGACGUAGUGGGAAACGCCCACAUCGAGAAUUACGCGCUCAAGUUGUUCAUGUACGCCGACAACGAGGACCGCGCCGGGCACUUCCACAAGAACAUGAUCAAGUCUUUCUUCACCGCCAGUCUCCUGCUGGACGUCCUGUCCGUGUUCGGUGAACUCUCAGAGGAGAACGUCCAGCAGAGGAAGUAUGCGCGAUGGAAAGCCACUUACAUCCACCAAUGUCUGAAGAACGGAGAGACGCCGCAGUCAGGUCCCAUGGCCUUGGAGCAGCUUGAUGAAGCAGCUGCAGGUGAAGAUGAUGAGCCAGGUUUCUCUCGAGGAGGGUCCUUCAGCGGACCUCCGUUAGACCCCAACCCGGCUCCAAUCGGUUUCAACCCCGCCCCAGACUCUUCGAACAUCAACAGCAUCCACGUUCAACCGGGUGCCCACGCCCCAGCCAACACUCCUGCGGACCUGCACCCGCCACCAGAAGCAGCCAAACCCGUCCCAACACCACGGACAGCGACCAACCUGGCGCCAUCCUCUCCGGACCCUCAGCCAGGUGGGUUCCAGCUCACACCCGAGGACUUCACUCAGGCUCAGAAGUACUGCAAGUACGCCGGCAGCGCCCUCCAGUACGAAGACGUCAACACCGCCGUCCAGAACCUGCAGAAGGCCCUGCGGCUGCUCACCACCGGCCGAGAGUGACGUUUUGGGAGUCAAUAAACUUUGCGAUAUAA